UUGGACCCAUCGCAGCCCAUUUAGCACAAAACCUAUCAUACCCCAACGCCACUUCAUAGUCCACCAAAAAACCCUAACGCCGCUUACCUCCGCCGCAGAGUUUGCCGAUUUCCAUCUCCACAACCAUGGCGGAAAUUGAAGCCGAUGUGACGACCGGACUGCCAAGGAAGAGGACGUUUAAAAAGUUUAGUUACAGAGGCGUUGAUCUCGAUUCUCUUCUCGACUUGAACAUUGACGAGCUCGUCAAGCUCUUCAAUGCACGUCCCCGUAGAAGGAUCGAGAGAGGUUUGAAGAGGAAGCCAAUGGCACUGAUCAAGAAGCUGCGGAAGGCGAAACGCGAGGCUCCACAAGGUGAAAAGCCAGAGCCUGUCAAGACUCACCUUAGGAAUAUGAUCAUCUUUCCUGAAAUGAUUGGAAGUGUUAUCGGAAUUUACAAUGGUAAAACCUUCAAUCAGAUUGAAGUCAAGCCUGAGAUGAUCGGCCACUAUCUGGCCGAGUUCUCUAUCUCAUAUAAACCUGUCAAGCACGGUAGACCUGGUAUUGGUGCUACUCACUCGUCAAGGUUCAUUCCUCUCAAGUGAUUUUCUCACUUAUGUCUAUUUUUCCUGUUCUAGCCUCGUCAACGCCUUUCUUUAACAAUUUUGAUGUGAGAUAAUGAGUCACUUAAAACAGUUUUUGCUGUGGAACUCUUGUGCUUUGCUGAAUAUCACUGUUUUUGAUGGAUCAGUAAAAAUUAUAAUGUACUCUUGACUCUACCAUCCUCAUAUUCCACUCGUGGGAUUACAAUGGGUAUGUUACUACUAUCUUUGUUCUUCA